CGCGCCCGGGGAGCUCCAUCACGUCUCCCCAUCAAUGUGACCCGUCGUUCAGUCAUAGGGUUGGCUUUUUUUUGGUCUUUUUGCUCUGGCCUUUUCUUGUUUUGGGUGAGGCUGGUGAGCUGGGUGAUACUGCCAACCUGCAUUUGUCACCACGCCCAAACUUUCCUUUCUUAUAUACCGGCAGCAUGGCCACUCGCUGUCCGCCUGCGCAACGGUAUGAACUCCAGCUCGCGCACAUGUUGCUUAGAUAAACCUAGCCUGCUCUCCAUCUCGCCAGCCUUGUACAGGCCUAUAAUCUGUAUGCAGACAUGAAUAUCGCGAGCCGUAUUCGAACAGUCCACGAUGUGGAUCGACACCAUAAGCAUCUCAAGUGGUCGAAGAAACAAGCCCCGGUUUUGACUGUUUCCUCCGGAGAUGUCGUCACCUUCGAUGCCCUCGACAGCAGCAACGGUCAAAUUACAGUAGAUUCCGAUACCUCUGCCCUCGACUCUUUCAGACUAGACCUGGCCGACCCUGCCUUUGGUCCCGUCUAUGUCCGCAAUGCCGAGCCGGGAGAUGCGCUGAAAAUUGAUAUCAUUGCUUUGGAAACGGGAGACUGGGGAUGGACGGCGGUUGUCCCUGGGUUUGGGCUUUUGGCGGAUGACUUUGCUGAUUCGGUCCUGAAGAUCUGGAGAUUUGACUCAGCCUCAGGCUUCGCUGAGUUGAAGUCAGGCGUGCGAGUUCCAGUGCGACCGUUCCUAGGCAUCAUGGGCAUUGCACCGGGCGCCGAUGGAGAGUUUUCCACUAUUCCACCAACCGAAGUGGGAGGAAACAUUGACUGCCGAGAUCUUGUCGUGGGUUCGACGCUCUACCUUCCUGUCCAAGUUGCCGGAGCGCUCUUUAGCUGUGGAGAUGGCCACGCCGCUCAAGGGCAAGGCGAAGUCUGUGGAACCGCCAUCGAGACUCCCAUGAAGGCAACAGUCCGCUUGUCAGUAUGCAAAAAUCACCCCUGGGUGCAAUCACCACAUCUUCUUCUGCCUCCACCACCGCCAGCACCCUUUCCCACAGUAGACAAAGGGCGAUAUGCCACAAUGGGCCUGGACUCCGACCUCCUGGAGGCUACUCGUAAAGCAGCUCGCUUCAUGAUUGACUGGCUUGUAUCUACUAAGGGCCUGACCCGAAACGAAGCCUACAUCUUAACUAGUGUUGCAGCAGACCUGAAAAUGGCCGAGGUUGUCGAUAUGCCCAAUUUUGCUGUCACCAUGAGUAUCCCGCUAAACAUUUUUGACUAGGCUAGGUUUUUGCUCAAUUCAUGGGCUAUUCGUUAUAAGACUGCUUGUAACAGAGGCAAUCUAAUAUAUCUCGACUUGUCUUUGGGACCGGAUGUCUAAUGAGACCUUCGUAAGUGCUUGUCUAUUGACAUUUGCAAUGAUUGUAUGACUAGAUUGAAACACUUGUUUUGUACAUAUUUUUUUUCUUCUUAUAUCACUUUGUCGUCUGUAUCCUCUACAUGUAGUAUUUAAGGUGUUAAAGUGCAAAUGAACGUCUAUGUGAAACCGCAUCUUCACGCCUUCCUAUUGAAAAGGGGAAGGGAAGAUUCUGUCGUAAUGUAAUAGUCAUGAAUCAUCUGCAUUCACA